AUGCCGGAACCUUCGAAGGUGUUACUUUAUUCACAUAUCAACAAAGUACUCGGCUUAUACAAGUUUCCAGACAUAUCCGAGAUUCACACGCAAAAUUCCGAUCUUGGAGGUCCGACAUCAGAAGACACCCGUGCGCAGGCAGAAGAACUUCCAGAAAUGCCGCACCACGAGCGACGAGUUUCGGUGAUGUUCAUCCUCGUCAUAAUGCUAGGUAAGUCACCAGAAGCUUGCAUGCCUCCUUUGUUGAAUGUUCCGAUUAGGAGAUCUCGAUUCCAAGCCAAAACGGGCCGUCUUUACACACGUAAACUUUAG